AUGGCGCCCCCUCCUCCCCGCCGGAACCUCCUCCCCAAAGACCGAUUUGCCUUCAACUUUGGGAGUCUAAAGACUCAGAAUUACCAUGAUCCUGUUGCGCGUGGACCGGGAUCUCACACUAUCCGAACAAUCGCCUGGAACCCCACGGGCCAGCUAGUUGCAACUGGGUCCGCCGACCGCACCCUCCGAAUCUGGAACCCUGAGCGCUCGCAAGUCAAAUACUCCACCGAAUUGCGCGGCCACACGGCCGGUAUCGAGAAGGUCGUCUUCAACCCCACGCGGGACUCGGAGCUAGCCAGCUGCUCGACGGACGGCACGGUGCGGUUCUGGGAUGUGCGGUCCAAGACGUGCGUGAGCCGGCUGGACGUGGGCACGGAGGCGUUCACGCUGUCCUGGUCUGCGGAUGGCAGCACCCUCAUCGUGGGGAGAAAGGACGACACCCUCAUCCCCAUCUCCAUUGAAUCCCUCUCCACGCCGACGCCCACGACCACCCUCCUCACCGACAAACCCCCCACAGCCGCAGCAGCAACAACAACCCCUGCAACAAGCAUCUACCGAGCCCUCGAACCCCACCAACAACCCGUGCAGACCAACGCAACGACCUUCUCGCACCACAUCGCCACCGCCGCCGCGCCGGACCUGCACCUCUUCGCCACGACGGGCGAGGGCACGGUCAAGAUCCUGUCGUACCCGAGCUUCUCCCUGCUGCACACGCUGCAAGCGCACACCUCGGCGUGCCUGUCCAUCGCGCUGGCGCCGACGGGCCGCUACCUGGCCGUCGGCGGCAGCGACGCCCUGAUCUCGCUGUGGGACACCACCGACUGGAUCUGCCGCCGCACCGUCUCCAGCAGCAACGGUGGCGCCGUGCGCGGCGUCAGCUGGAGCUUCGACGGCCGCUUCCUCGUCGGCGCCUGCGACGAGGUCGGCUGCGGCGGCAACGGCCUCGAGGUCUUCCACGCCGAGACCGGCGAGUCCGUCUACACCGUCCCCGUCGGCGGCAACGCCAACUCCGGCAUCCCCGCCGUCGCCUGGCAUCCCUCGCGGUACUGGCUGGCAUACUCCACCACCGCCGAUGGGAGUGGCCAUGGUGGGUUGAGGAUCGUCGGCGCGGCGGGCGGGAAUUUGUAG